AGGCCAGCCAGUGCGAUGAGGACCAUGAGAUGCUCUUCCUCCUGGGUGUCGCCAUCGGCUUCCUCCUCCAGCAGCGCCGUGAACGCCUCCUCGUUGUCUGAGUCCAUUGCCGAUCAGACAAAUCGUCAAACACCUGGCGGGUGUGGUAGGCGCGCAACCGCCAGUAUCCCCGCCCUGCGUGGCCGGAGCAUCGGAAAGCUCGCCCAGGAGCGGGGUGGAGGCUGCCGUGGCGAACCUUCUCUUUUCCGGGCGGGGAAUGUCCUUUCUAGCGGCGGUGGGUGGGUAGGCAGCGCCAGGAUCGGCACGGCGACGAAAGGGCGUGCACGCACGCGGGGGAGGGGGAAAUCUGGAAGUGAAAGAUGCUUUUUCGCCUGCGGGUUUUCCUUCCCCGGAGCGCCCCUAGUGCGUUGGGUUCGGCGGCCUCGGAUCGCCGGCCCAAAAAAAUGGGUCGAGCCAGCGGAUUUCGUCGUUCUGGGAUGCGACUGGGGGAUUUUCUCGGCGUCGGCACGAAAAAACUUGCCUGGGGCUGUUGAGGGCACGAGUGGAGAUGCUGUUAAAAAAAGAACAAGUAGCUGGACUGGUUCGUGUUCCAUCGCCCCUGCCACUGCCACUGCCACCCUUUUAUAUACCAACACCAACGUGCCCUGUCCUCCCUGCGCUUGCUUCACCUGCUGCUCCGUACACACACAUCACAGAGCACAAGCAAUAAGCCUGCAGAGAGAGGGAAUGGGCGAAGAAGGGGCAGCUGCUCCGUUGCUGGAUGGGAAGCUUAACGCGAGGAGAAGCGAAAAUGGCGACGGAGAGGCGGCAGCAGCAGCAGGGAGAAGGAGGUGGUGGCGGUGCCUGUGGGACGCGGAGGAGGCUGUGGGGCAGGUUGCCUUCGCGGCGCCCAUGGUGGCCACCAGCAUGGCCUUCUACGCCAUCCCGCUCGUCUCCGUCAUGUACGCCGGCCGCAUCGGCGACCUCGAGCUCGCCGGCGCCACGCUCGGCAACUCGUGGGCCACCGUCACAGGCAUCGCGCUCAUGACUGGGUUAAGCGGGUCUCUGGAGACGCUUUGCGGCCAAGGCUAUGGCGCAAAGGUGUACCGCAUGCUCGGCGUGUACCUCCAGGCAUCCAUCAUCACCUCGGCUCUCUUUUCAGUCCUCGUUUCACUCCUGUGGCUCUACACCGAGCCACUCCUCAUUUUCCUGCACCAAGACCCCGAGGUCUCAAGAAUGGCAGCGGUGUUCCUGCGAUACACAAUCCCGGCACAGUUUGCCUUUGGCUUCAUCCAGUGUAUCCUCAGGUUCCUGCAGACACAGUCCGUGGUGAUGCCACUGGUGGCGUUCUCGCUCCUGCCACUGGUGUUCCAUGUCGGGAUUACCCAUGCCUCCGUGCACUACCUGGGGCUUGGCUUCGCAGGCCCAGCCAUGUCAACUUCGCUGUCUCUGUGGCUAUCUUUCAUUAUGCUCGCAUCCUAUGUGAUGUUGUCGACGAGAUUCAAGCAGACCUGGGCGGGAUUUUCAACAGAAGCGUUUCAGUACGUGCUGCCCGGCCUCAAGUUAGCUGUUCCCUCUGCAAUGAUGGUGUGCUUUGAGUACUGGGCGUUUGAGAUAUUGGUGUUGCUUGCUGGGCUGAUGCCAGAUUCUCAAAUGAGCACUUCUAUUAUUGCGAUGUGUGCAAACACGGAAUCAAUUUCAUACAUGAUCACCUACGGGUUCGCUGCUGCCAUCAGCACAAGGGUAUCGAAUGAGCUGGGAGCAGGUAACAUUGACAAGGCAAAGAAGGCACUCAAGGUGACGCUCGCGCUCUCCCUACUCCUGGGAGUGACAUUUCUUCUGCUCCUAGGUCUUGGCCAUAAUUUGUGGGCUGGGCUGUUCAGCAAGAGUGAGGCAGUGAUAAGUGCAUUUGCUUCGAUGACUCCAUUUCUCAUUGGGUCAGUGGUGCUGGACUCCACGCAGGGAGUCCUGUCAGGGGUUUCAAGAGGCUGUGGUUGGCAGCACCUGGUAGCAUGGACCAACUUGGUGGCCUUCUACAUAAUAGGCUUGCCAUUGUCUCUCCUACUUGGAUUCAAGCUUGGCUUUCAUACUAAGGGAUUGUGGAUGGGUCAGAUAUGCGGUCUCCUUUGCCAGAACGCCGUUCUCCUGUUCAUCACGCUCCGAACAAAGUGGGAAAGAUUGGAACUGGCGACAAACAGCAAAGAGGGUGACCUUAUCUGUUGAGAAUUUAUAAAGCUUGUUAGGUUUAACUUGAACAUGGGGCUGGAAGUUUGAGAGAUUAAGUGUUGUAAAUGUAGACAGUACCAAGCAACAUACCCUGAACAUGCUUGGGUGUAGCUAGUAGCAAGUAGGAAGAGCUGAAUAAAAUGUCGCACCAGUUUUGUGUGAUAAAAAAGAUCUGGAAUGGUGUACCGAUACCUCCGAAGCAGUGUUUGCUAUUAUGAAUAUAUGAUGCUAGAAUACAAACAGAGUUCAGAAAUA